GACAAGAAUGGGACUGCGGGAGCUCUGCUUGGCUCUGCUGGCGCUGGGGGCGCUGGUGGGCAGAGUCCAGGGGGCCAAUGUCUGUACCAACCGGGGGGUGAGUUCCUGCCAGCAGUGCCUUGCUGUGAGCCCUCUCUGUGCCUGGUGCUCAGACGAGGAUGUUGCUCCAGGCUCUUCCCGCUGUGACCUCAAAGAGAACCUGCUGAAAGGAGGAUGUGCACUUGAAUUCACUGAAUUUCCAGUCAGUCAUAUCAACGUCCUGGAAGCUAGACCUCUCAGUAAUACUGGUUCUGGAGAUACUUCCAAGAUCACCCAAGUCAGCCCCCAGAAGAUUGAGCUUCGACUGAGGCCGGAUGAUUCUCAGACCUUCUCGGUGCAAGUGCGGCAGGUAGAAGAUUACCCAGUAGACAUCUACUAUUUGAUGGAUCUGUCCAACUCUAUGCGGGAUGACCUGCAAAAAAUUCAGUCUCUGGGGACUAAGCUGGCUUCUGAGAUGCGCAAGCUUACCAGUAACCUACGCAUAGGCUUUGGGGCCUUUGUGGACAAGCCCAUGUCCCCAUACAUGUACAUCUCUCCGCCGGAGGCCCUCAAAAACCCUUGCUUUGAAAUGAAGACAACGUGCUUACCCAUGUUUGGCUACAAGCAUGUGUUGACUUUGACGGAUCAGGUGACGCGCUUCAAUGAGGAAGUGCGAAAGCAGAAUGUAUCAAGGAAUCGGGAUGCUCCAGAAGGUGGAUUUGAUGCCAUAAUCCAAGCUACAGUCUGUGAUGAAAAGAUUGGCUGGAGGAAUGAUGCAUCCCAUCUGCUGGUGUUCACCACUGAUGCCAAAACCCACAUUGCUCUGGAUGGGAGGCUAUCAGGGAUUGUUCAGCCCAAUGAUGGGGAAUGCCACAUUGGCAGUGACAAUCAUUACUCUGCCUCCACCACUAUGGACUAUCCCUCUCUGGCACUGAUGACUGAGAAGCUGUCCCAGAAGAACAUCAACUUAAUCUUUGCAGUGACUCGAAAUGUAGUCAGCCUCUAUCAGAACUAUAGUGAGCUCAUUCCAGGGACCACGGUGGGUAUGCUCUCUGCGGAUUCCAGCAAUGUCCUCCAGCUCAUCGUCGAUGCCUAUGGGAAAAUACGUUCUAAAGUGGAACUGGAAGUCCGUGACCUUCCCGAGGAGCUGUCCUUGUCCUUCAAUGCCACCUGCCUCAAUGACGAGGUCAUCCCAGGCCUCAAGUCCUGUGUUGGCCUCAAAAUUGGAGACACGGUGAGCUUCAGCAUUGAGGCCAAAGUGCGUGGCUGUCCCCAAGAAAAGAAGAAAUCCUUUACCAUUAAGCCUGUGGGGUUCAAGGACAGCCUCACCAUCUUUGUCACUUUUGACUGUGAUUGCGCCUGUCAGGCCCAGGCUGAACCACAAAGCAGCCGCUGUAAUCAGGGAAAUGGGACAUUUGAGUGUGGGGUGUGCCGCUGUGGCCCUGGAUGGCUGGGCGCCCAGUGCGAGUGCUCCGAGGAGGACUACCACCCCUCCCAGCAGGACGAGUGCAGUCCUCAGGAGGGCCAGCCUGCCUGCAGCCAGCGCGGGGAGUGCCUGUGCGGCCAGUGUGUCUGCCAUAGUAGCGAUUUUGGCAAGGUCACCGGCAAAUAUUGUGAAUGUGAUGACUUCUCCUGUGUCCGCUACAAGGGCGAAAUGUGCUCAGGUCAUGGUCAGUGCAGCUGUGGGGACUGUCUCUGUGACUCUGACUGGACCGGCGACUACUGUAACUGCACCACCCGCAAAGACAUGUGUAUGUCAAGCAAUGGGCUGCUGUGCAGCGGCCGAGGUAAAUGUGUCUGCGGCAAAUGUGUCUGCACCCAGCCCGGCUCUUACGGGGACACCUGUGAGAAGUGUCCCACCUGCCCUGAUGCCUGCACUUUUAAGAAAGACUGCGUGGAGUGCCAGAAGUUCAAUCGGGGAGUGUUUGAGGAGACUACUUGCAGCCGUUUCUGUCGGGAUGAGAUUGUGCCUGUGACAGAACUUAUGGACAUCGGCAAGGAUGCAGUGAACUGUACCUAUAAGGAUGAGGAUGACUGUGUAGUCAGAUUCCAGUACUAUGAAGACUCCAGUGGGAAGUCCAUUCUCUAUGUGGUAGAUGAACCAGAUUGUCCCAAAGGCCCCGAUAUCCUGGUGGUCCUGCUCUCGGUGAUGGGAGCCAUAUUACUCAUUGGCCUGGCCACACUGCUCAUCUGGAAGCUUCUAAUCACCAUCCAUGACCGAAGGGAAUUUGCCAAGUUUGAAGAGGAGAGAGCCAGAGCCAAGUGGGACACAGCCAACAACCCACUGUAUAAAGAAGCAACAUCCACCUUCACCAAUAUCGCCUACCGUGGGAACUCAUAAUGGCACCCUGGCCAUCAGCAGAGCCAAGGAUUGUGGGUGUUUCCUACACCAUGUUUACGGAGGAUUGUAUGGAUGUUGUAGGAUCCAGCAACAGUGAAGGGGGGUGGGGGGAAUAUGAACAUGUGUGUGAGAGAGGUGUGUGUCUCCCUCUGGACAUGUCCUUGUAUAUUUGAGGGGUGUGUGUGAGUGUGAGUGUAUGUGUGUGUGUGUGUGUGUGUGUGUGUGUAAUUUAACAUUUCUGAGGGAAAUACCUCAACCAGCUUUUUUUUUUUGACAGGGGGAGCACUUACUUCAGGGAUCUUUUUUUUUUUUUUUCAUUUAGCUCUCCAAAGCAGAGCAUUUGGGCCUCAUUACCUCAGUGAGAAACCAUCUCACCUCAUAUGAGCCAGACUCCCUGAGAAGAAAGGCAGGAAUGUGGCUAAGUCUGGGGUUGGGGAGGGGAGAAAGAUAAAGCAGGCCACAAGUUCUGGCUCUACCAUCACGAGUAGUUUAUGGCUCCUGGAACUGUCACCUGGGACCUUUGGUAGAAAUUGGUGGACUUUAUUCCCUGUCGCCUCAGUGUAUGUGUGUGUAUGUGGCAACAUGGCCCUAUUUCCAUUCCUCUCUUCUCAGGUUGGAUGAAGGAGAAGCCAGGGAGCAGAGCUACAUUGGGUUUUGUUUCUCUGGGAUAACUCUGCAGGGCUGUCUGGUGUGCUUAGCUAAUGGGGCCAACAGACUAUACCCAUUGCUCUCUCUCUCGCCACCAUUUUCCUGGAAGCAGAUCCUGGUUCUUCAGCUUACAUGGAAGCUAGGGUAGCUGGGGCAGCUGAGCUAUAUUGGUUGGAAAAAAAAUUCUGAGCUGAUUUAGGGUGCCCAGGUGUAUAACAAGGUCCUCUCAAAAUCUACUUACCUGAGGCCGGCCUCCCUAUCCUAGUACCCAUAGACAGCUCUAUUUGUCCUUGCUAUUUUAGGGUAAGCAAAAACAAUUCCUCUUUCAGGAAAGUGAUGGGGUGAGAGCCAGAAGACUGGGCACUGACACUUGUAGUGUUCUGUCCACUCUCUGUGGCCCUGCUCUGUUUCUCUGUGAACUGUACCCACACAUCGGGUCUAAUCACAUUGAUCUCAUCUCAUGGAGGUGCUAUGAGGGACCAUACCAAUGAGCCUCUAAAGUUGAUAAGCAAGAGGUGCAGGAGUAGAAUGAUGAGACUAAGAAGAAGCAUAAUGGAAAGGGCAUGAGAUUUGGUGUCAGGGCCUGGGUUUGAAUCCUAGCUCUACCACUUUUGGCCUAUGUAACCUUGGGCAGGU